GUUUGUUACCUUGUGGCUUUAUGAUGGACUUAAUUAUUGAUUGCUGAUUAUUUACUUAAUAUAAUUUAAAUGUGAAAAAACCCAAUGUCUGUUUUAAGUGUUACAUAUUUGGUGUUCUGAACAAAAAACGUUUAUAUAAUAUCCAAAUAUUAUGGCAGUUAAAAUGGCCGCAAGUGAAACUGGUGGUGUUGUUGCAACAGCUACAGCAUCUGAUUGGGAUACAAGAGAAUCAAUGCGCCAGCGUGAAUUAGAUGAAGCCAGGGCACGAGCAACUCAAAUGGAGAAAACAAUGCGAUGGUGGUCGGAUUGUACAGCUAACUGGCGUGAAAAAUGGAGCAAGGUAAGAAAUGAAAGGAACAAAGCUCGAGAAGAAGCUAAGAUGCUAAAAGAUAAUUUAGAACAUGUUCUAAAAGAGAACAGUAAUAUAAAAAGAGAAAAGCAAAAUCUUGAGCAACAGAAUGAAUGUUUGCGCAAAGAAUUAGAAAAAGUCAAUCUGAUUCUAUUAAAACAUGCAGGACAAUGGGAUUCUCAACUGGUUGAUGCAUUAGAAAAUGGUAUUUCUGAUCCAGAUACUUGUUGUAGCUCCUCGUCUAUACCUCAGCCAUCGAUUGUGAGUGACUCCGGUAUUGAGGAAUAUGUUUUACAAGAGGCAGUUCCCAAACAUGCAGUUGAAAUGUUCAAUCAAACAACUUCUCCCAUCAAAUCACCUAUUCCUAAUAAAACAAUGUCUGAAGAAGUUGCUGAUAAAAUUGAGAAAAAUUUGGAAAAUCUAUUGGAAAGUACUCAACAAGAUUUAAACAAUUUGCACAAUCAGUUAUCAGGUGCCGAUAGUAUUAAAUCAGAAUGCCAAACUUGUCAAGAUAAUCAGGUUAUUACAAACAAACGCUUAGAAGACUUAAGAAUACAGCUAGAACAUUUACAAUCUGAGAAUGAAAUUGAAUGGAGCAAAAGAGAGCAAUUAGAAAGUGAAAUGAUGAACUUGGAAAGAAUCAAUAAGCAAUUAAAAUCUGAACUGAACGAUACACUAGAAAAAUUGCAGAAACAGAGUAAACCUGAAUCAUCAUCAGAUACAAAAUUUAGAUUAUUGCAACAAGAGUUGGCUGAUAAAAAUAUUGAGUUAGUCAAUUUAAAACACAUUUUAUCCAAACAAAAGAAAAUGUAUGUUGACCAAAGUGCUGAGUCAGCGCAUUUAGUAAGGCGGGGUGAGCAAUAUGAGAGUGAAGUGAAACGUUUAAGAAGCAGAGUAGAAGAAUUAAAAAGAGAAUUAGCUACUACAGAAGAAGACUAUGAUAAUGCUUCAAUUACUAUAAAGAAACUUCAAAGAUAUAAUGAAGAUUUACAAGAAAAACUUGAUAGCUUACAGGCUGAAAUAAAGCAUCAAAAUAUAAGAUUGACACGUUUGACAAGUCAAGAAGUAUCUUCAGAUGAUUCAAGUCAUAGCGAUGAAGACUGAAUUUCAGCUAAUAAACUUGCAUUAAUGUUUGUUACUUAUUGGUGAAAAAACUACCAAAAUAUUUUAUUUCUCGUGUAAUAUAUCAUUAGUCAAUUAAUAUAAUUAAUGCUUUGUAAUGAUACAAGAUAUUUCUAAAUAUGUGUUAAAUAUUCAAUUCAUGAUAUUUUUUUUUAUUUAAUAUACUCAUAGAAAUAAAAUACUACCAUAAAAUCAAAACACAUACUCUAAAUCUAUAUUUAAUAAUUUAUUUUAUAACUUAUAUUUUAUACUUGUUUUGUAUUCUUCAAACACAUUAGAAAUUUUCAUUUUACAUUUUUUUUAAUCAUCUUAUUAUGUAGUUAUACAUAUUCCAUAUGUGAAUUUUCUUUUAUAUAGUAAUAAUCACUUGUAAAACAAAUAAUAGUAGUUAAAUUAGUUUCUAGAAUAUUAAAUAUUACUUUAAGAUUACUACUAUAUUUCAUGGUACAAAGUUAGGUUUAAUUAGUAUACGAUUUUGUACUCAAUUAACUUAUCUAAAAUAUAAAUAAUUGUUUUAAUAUAA